AUGUAUAUUGGUGGAGCUGCCGUAGCUCGUGGCUAUCUUAACCAUCCAAAACUUACCGCGGAACGUUUUCUACUCGAUCCAUUCAGUGACAAUCCUCAAGCACGCAUGUUCCGCACCGGUGAUCGAGCACGAUAUUUGCCUGAUGGCAAUUUGGUAUAUUUGGGACGCAUAGACCAGCAAGUAAAAGUUCGCGGUUUUCGAAUUGAGCCUGGUGAAAUUGAAGCCCAUCUAGUAGAACAUCCACAGGUGCGCGAAGCUGUUGUAAAAUCCUAUGGGAAUGGAACAGAUGCUCAUCUUGUGGCUUAUGUGGUGGCCGAUGCGAAUACAUCGUUGGCAAAGGAUUUACGUACAUAUCUAUCGACAUUGCUGCCUGAACAUAUGGUACCAGUGGCUUAUGUUUGUCUACCUUCUCUACCGCUCACACCCAAUGGCAAACUAGAUCGACGGGCACUACCAGCUCCAGAUGAUGAAGCGUUUUCUCGUCAACAGUAUGAAGCUCCGCAGGGUGAAAUGGAAGAAACACUGGCAAAAAUCUGGUGUAGAAUCUUUGGGAUCGAGCAAGUUAGCCGAUAUGACAACUUUUUUGCACUGGGAGGCCAUUCGUUAUUGGUUGUACAGCUAUUAGGACAUUUGAGACAGAACGGAUUAGAUACUUCUGUGCGGGAAGUGUUUGAUGCUCCCAAUCUGGCUGUGUUAGCUGCGACGCUCAUUCGAUACCAAGCAGCCACCAUUCCACUCAAUAUCAUUACCACAGACAGCACAGAGAUCACUCCAGAAAUGUUACCACUUAUCACUCUUUUCCAGGCAGAUAUUGAUACGAUUGUUACACAAGUGCCUGGUGGAGUAACUAACAUCCAAGAUAUUUAUGGAUUGGUGCCUUUACAACAGGGUAUGUUGUUCCAUCAUCUGAGGUCCGUAGAGGGCGACCCAUACUUGAUUGCAAUGCGUAUGAUAUUUAAUGACCGUACGGCACUUGAACGUUAUGCAAAUGCUCUGCAGAAGACAAUAGAGAGACACGAUAUUCUUCGUACCAUCUUCAUCUGGGAAGGUCUCAGGGAGCCGGCGCAGAUCGUUUUGCGUAAGGUUCCUUCGUUACUCACCGAGGUUACAUUGGAUGAUACCAGUGAACCGAUAUUGGAGCACUUGAGCCGCCGCUUUGAUCCGCGUUACUACCGUUUCGAAUUGACACAAGCACCGCUAUUGCGUUUACUUGCCACACCAACGUCUGAAGGGAGCUGGGUGGCAAUACAACUGAUGCAUCACCUAAUUAUUGAUCAUUCAACACUGGAGAGGCUGCAGGUGGAAGUUCACGCUAUCAUUGACGGAAAGAUUGAACAGUUAACAACACCAACUUCAUUCCGUAAUGUUGUGGCUCAUGCCCAGCUGGGAGUUAAACCAGCCGAGCAUACUCGAUUCUUCAGUGAAAUGCUCGGUGAUAUUAACGAGCCAACCUUUCCAUUCGGUUUGAGAGAGUUUGAUCUGGACGAAACUGAAAUCAAUGAAGCAUAUCUGAAGAUGUCACAGGUACUUAAUGAUCAGUUACGUGCGCAUGCACGUAAGCUUCAAGUCAGUCUGGCCAGUAUUUGUCAUUUGGCUUGGGCACAAGUAAUUUCUCGAGUUAGUGGUCGACAGGCAGUAGUCUUCGGUACCGUGUUACUUGGCCGUUUACAGGGAAAAGGAAAUGACAAUGUUAUGGGACCGAUGAUUAACACACUACCACUAAGGCUAGAUCUUGAUGGUAGAUGUGUGGAGACCGCGGUGCGUGAUAGUCAUGCUCAGUUGAGUGCGUUGUUACGGCACGAAUACGCCCCGCUUGUGUUAGCACAACGCUGCAGUGGAGUUCCAGCUGAUAUGCCCUUAUUCAACACACUACUGAAUUAUCGCCAUAGUCAACAGACUGAACAAGUCAACGAAACAAUUAGAGGAAUCACUCUCUUUGACGGUAAUGGUCGAACUAAUUACCCAUUAACAAUCUCGCUGGAUGAUAACGACGAUGCUUUGUGCUUGACUGUCCAAGUAGUCACACCAAUGUCAGCAGUUCGAAUCGGUGCAUAUAUGCAACAAGUUAUGGAAUCGAUGGUUGAUGCUUUAUCACAAACGCCUCAACAGAUGAUAAGAACAUUGACAAUAAUACCACCAGAUGAACGCACAUUACUGCUGCACACGUGGAAUCAAACGAUGGUUAUCUAUUCACCUGUAUGUUGUCUUCAUCACAUAUUUGAAGCACAGGUCGAACGUGAUGGACAAACAAUUGCAGUGGAGUACAAAGGCAAGACUCUGAGCUAUGCGGAACUCAAUGCCGAAUCCAAUCGAUUGGCACAUUACUUGAUCGAGCGAGGCGUCAAAUCCGAUGAUCGCAUCGCACUUUGCGUUGAGCGCAGUGCAACAAUGAUUAUAGCAAUGCUGGGUAUUCUGAAAGCUGGCGCUGCAUAUGUACCACUCGACCCAGCCUAUCCGAGCCAACGACUGACCAAUACUUUGCACGAUGCUGAUCCGAUAUUUUUGUUGACAGAUGCAACUGGCCGAAAAGUACUUGGAGACCAUAAAGUGCCUGUGAUUGACUUAGAUGAACCGUUGCCUGAUGAUUUGUCAAUCGAUAACCCGGACGUGACCAGUCUUGGACUAACUCCAAAUCAUCUCGCUUAUGUAAUUUACACCUCUGGUUCAACAGGAACACCGAAAGGAGUAAUGGUUGAACAUCAGCAAGUCGUACAACUCUUUGCGGCUACAAGCGAAAAAUUUGAUUUCAAUAAACAAGACAAAUGGUGUCUAUUCCAUUCGUAUUCCUUCGAUGUUUCGGUAUGGGAGAUAUGGGGAGCAUUCUCGAAUGGUAGUCAACUGUCGAUUGUACCAUAUGAAAUCAACCGUUCAACGGACGAAUUUCAUGAUUGGAUCUGCGGCAGUGGUGUUACUGUGCUAAAUCAAACGCCCUCGGCGUUUAAAAUGCUUAUGCGAGCGAUGAAUAUGAGUUUACGAACCAAUCGACUGCGAUAUAUUAUAUUUGCCGGUGAAGAGCUAGAUCCAAUGAUCGUAAAAGAAUGGUAUGAAAAGUACGCUGAAAAUCAAACAGUCUUGGUCAAUAUGUAUGGCACAACGGAAACAACAGUUCAUGCGACCUAUCAACGUCUGGAAACUGAAGAAAAUGUUCACACAGUCGGACGACCACUCUCCGAUCUUUGUGUAUAUUUGCUGGAUUCAUAUGGCGAGCCAGUGCCACUGGGAGCCGUGGGAGAAUUGUAUAUCGGUGGUGCUGGUGUGGCUCGUGGUUAUCUAAAUCAACCUGAACUUACCGCAGAACGUUUUCUACCCAAUCCAUUCAGUGACAAUCCUCAAGCACGCAUGUACCGAACCGGUGAUCGAGCACGAUAUCUGCCUGAUAGUAAUCUAGUUUAUCUGGGACGCAUAGACCAGCAAGUAAAAGUUCGCGGUUUUCGAAUUGAGCCUGGUGAAAUUGAAGCCCACUUAAUCGAAAACCCUCAGGUGGACGAGGCAGUUGUACAUAUGUAUGGAAAUGGACCAGAUGCUCGUCUUGUAGCUUAUGUGGUGGCCGACGCGGGUUCAUCGUUAGCACAGGAUUUGCGUACAUAUCUAUCGACCUUAUUGCCUGAAUAUAUGGUACCAGUAGCUUAUGUUUGUCUACAAUCCUUACCAUUGACACCCAACGGCAAACUAGACCGGCGAGCACUACCGCCUCCGGACGAUGAAGCGUUUGCUCGUAGGCAGUAUGAAGCUCCACAGGGUGAAAUGGAAGAGAAACUGGCCGAUAUUUGGUGUUACCUGCUUGGUGUUGAACGCAUAAGUCGUCAUGAUAAUUUCUUUGCGCUGGGAGGCCACUCCUUAUUGGUCGUACGACUGUUGUCACAGUUGAGACAGACCGGUCAAGACACCACCGUACGAGAAGUGUAUAAUUCUCCAACUCUGGCCAUUUUGGCUACGAAGCUUGCCUGUUAUGAAGCAGUUACUAUUCCACCUAAUCUCAUUACUUCAGAUUGCACGUCAAUCACUCCAGAAAUGUUACCACUUAUCACACUUUCUCAGGCAGAGAUUGAUGUAAUUAUUGCACAGGUACCUGGUGGAGUGGCGAAUACCCAAGAUAUUUAUGGAUUGGCGCCUUUACAAUAUGGUAUGUUGUUCCAUCAUCUGAGGUGCGAAGAGGGCGACCCAUACUUGAUUACAAUGCGUAUGCAAUUUAUUGACCGUACGGCACUUGAACGCUAUGCAGAUGCCCUUGAACAAGUGAUUAAAAGACACGAUAUCCUUCGUACCAUCUUCAUCUGGGAAGACCUCGGUGAGCCGGCGCAGAUCGUUUUGCGUAAGGUUCCUUCGUUACUCACCGAGGUUACAUUGGAUGAUACCAGUGAACCGGUAUUGGAGCACUUGAGCCGCCGCUUUGAUCCGCGUUACUACCGGUUCGAAUUGACACAAGCACCGCUAUUGCGUUUACUUGCCGCACCAACGUCUGAAGGGAGCUGGGUGGCAAUACAACUGAUGCAUCACCUUAUUAUUGAUCAUUCAACGCUGGAAAGAUUGCAAGUAGAAAUUCACGCUAUCAUUGACGGGAAGAUUGAACAGUUAACAACACCAACUUCAUUCCGUAAUGUUGUGGCUCAUGCCCAGCUGGGAGUUAUACCAGCCGAGCAUACUCGAUUCUUCAGUGAAAUGCUCGGUGAUAUUGAUGAGCCAACCUUGCCAUUCGGUUUGAGUGACGUUCGUCUGGAUGGGAAUCAUAUUAAUGAAUCAUAUCUGCCGAUGUCACAGACACUCAAUGACCAGUUACGAUCACUUGCACUCAAACUUGAGGUCAGUUUGGCCAGUAUUUGUCAUUUGGCUUGGGCACAAGUAUUGGCUCGAGCUAGUGGAUGUGAAGCGGUAGUAUUUGGCACUGUGUUAUUCGGCCGUUCACAAGGUGGAGAAGUGAAUAAUGUUACCAUGGGGCCUAUGAUUAACACACUACCACUACGGCUAGAUAUUAAUGAGACGGACGUCGAAACCGCAGUACGCCAUACUCAUGCACGGUUGAGUGCAUUGCUGACACACGAACACGCACUACUCGUGUUGGCACAACGCUGCAGUAGAGUUCCAGCUGAUACGCCAUUGUUCAGUGCAUUACUGAACUAUCGCCAUAAUCAACAAAGCACACAAGUCAAUGCGGCACUUCCGGGUGUAUCUUUCUUGGGCGGUGAAGAGCGAACAAAUUAUCCAUUAAUCCUGUCGGUUGAAGAUAAUGGUGAUUCGAUAUGUCUAACAGCACAAAUUGUUUCGACGAUGUCAGCCGCACGGAUCUGUACCUAUAUGCAACGAUCCGUGAUAUCGCUGGCCGAUGCGCUUAUCCACACCCCACAAAAACCAGUCAGGACAUUAACAGUGAUUCCAGCCGACGAACGCACAUUGCUGCUGCACACCUGGAAUCAAAUAACGGCUACCUAUCCAGUUAAGCUCUGUCUUCAUCAGUUAUUUGAGGAGCGGGUUAAAUGUGACGGACGGGCCAUUGCCGUGGAGAGUAAAGGAGAAAUUCUAAGCUAUGCGGAACUCAACACUAAAGCCAAUCAACUAGCACAUUACCUUAUCUCUAAAGGUAUCAAACCAGAUGAUCUAAUUGCACUUUGCGUUGAGCGCACUACGACAAUGAUCAUAGCAAUGUUGGGCAUUUUAAAAGCUGGUGGAGCCUAUGUACCACUCGAUCCAGUCUACACGAGUCAACGACUGAUCAAUAUUCUACAGGAUGUCAACCCUGCACUCUUGUUAGCAGAUGCUACUGGCUUAAAAGUACUCGGAGACCAUCAAGUACCCGUGAUUCACUUGGACAAUCCGUUACCUGAUGGUUUGUUAAUCGAAAAUCCAGAUGCAAUCAACCUUGGAGUCACUUCAAACCAUCUGGCAUAUUGUAUUUACACCUCUGGUUCAACAGGAACACCGAAAGGAGUAAUGGUUGAACAUUAUCAUGCAGCACAAUUACUCCAGUCCGUACACGAUAAAUUCAGUUUCAACAAAGAAGACAAGUGGUGUUUGUUCCAUUCGAUUUCUUUUGACUUUUCUGUAUGGGAGAUAUGGGGUGCAUUAUGCUAUGGAAGUCAACUGUCGAUUGUACCUUACGAUAUUACACGAUCGACAGACGAAUUUUACGAUUGGUUGUGUGCCAGCCGUAUUACUGUACUGAAUCAAACUCCUUCAGCAUUUAAAAUGCUAAUGCAAGCGAAAAACAUUAAUUCACGAUCCCAUCAACUGCGAUAUGUUCUUUUUGGUGGUGAAGCAUUAAAUUCAUUAAUUGUAAGUGACUGGUUUGAAAAUUACGCUAAAGGUAAAACUGUUCUAGCCAAUAUGUAUGGCCCUACUGAAACGGUAAUUUUUGCAUCAAUUUGGAUAUGUAAUGAUGGCAUUUCUGAAAAUUCGCUGAUCCCGAUCGGGCGUCCACUGUCCAACAAGCGAAUAUACCUGUUGGAUUCAUAUGGCGAGCCAGUGCCACUGGGAGCUGAAGGAGAAUUGUAUAUUGGUGGUGCUGGUGUGGCUCGUGGUUAUCUAAAUCGUCCUGAACUUACCAAAGAACGUUUUCUACCGGAUCCAUUCAGUGAAAACACUCAAGCACGCAUGUACCGAACCGGUGAUCGAGCACGAUAUCUGCCUGAUAGUAAUCUAGUUUAUCUGGGACGCACCGAUCAGCAAGUGAAAAUCCGCGGUUUUCGAAUUGAGCCUGGCGAAAUUGAAUCCCACCUAGUCGAACAUUCUCAAGUGAACGAGGCGGUUGUACAAUCCUAUGGUAGUGGAUCAGAUGCUCGUCUUGUGGCUUAUGUGGUGGCCUACGCGAAUAUAUCGUUAGCACAGGAUUUGUGUACAUAUCUAUCGAACCUAUUACCUGAAUAUAUGGUACCAGCGGCUUAUGUUUGUCUACCUUCUCUACCACUCACACCUAAUGGCAAGCUAGAUCGACGAGCACUACCAUCUCCGGACGAUGAGGCGUUCGCACAUCAAGAGUAUGAAGCUCCACAAGGCGAAAUAGAAGAAAAACUGGCAGAUAUCUGGCGUAAACUGUUAGGAGUUGAACGCAUUGGCCGGCAUGACAAUUUCUUCGCGUUAGGAGGACAUUCUUUGUUGGUCGUACGAAUGUUGGCACAGUUGAGACAGACCGGACUAGACACCACCGUACGGGAAGUAUUUGAUGCUCAAAAUCUGGCCUGUUUGGCUUUAACUCUCACCCGUUAUGAAGCAGUGACUAUUCCACCCAAUCUAAUAACCACAGACAGCAUGCUGAUUACUCCAGAAAUGUUACCGCUUAUCACUCUUUCUCAAGCAGAAAUCGAUAUGAUUAUUGCACAAGUGCCUGGUGGAGUAUCAAAUAUUCAAGAUAUUUAUGGGCUAGCACCUUUGCAGCACGGUAUGUUGUUUCACCAUCUGAUGGCCAAACAGGGAGAUCCAUAUUUGAUAGUAAGUCGACUGAGUUUCAUUGACCGGAAUAUACUUGAACGUUAUGCAGACGCCCUGGAACAGGUGAUGAGGAGACACGAAAUUUUGCGCACUGUAUUCUUUUGUGAAGGUCUCAACGAACCGGUGCAGGUCGUUCUACGCCAGGUUCCUUCGUUACUUACCAAAAUUACAUUAAAUGGUUGCAGUGAACCGGUACUGGAGCAGGUGAGCUACUUCAUUGAUCCACGUCACUACCGGUUAGACUUGACACAGGCACCAUUAUUGCGUUUGGUUGCUUCACAAACAUCUGAAGGAAGCUGGGUGGCAUUGCAAUUGAUGCACCACAUAAUUGGUGAUCAUUCAACAUUAGAGCGACUUCAGAAAGAAAUCCACUCAAUAUUUGAUGGGCAGAGUGAAAAUCUAACAGCUCCUACACCAUUCCGCCAAGCGGUGGCACAAGCUCGCUUGGGAGUGAAGCCAGCUGAACAUACCCGAUUUUUCAGUGAAAUGCUCGGUAAUAUUGACGAGCCAACUAUGCCAUUUGGUUUGAGCCACGAUGGUUGGGAUGGAACUGAUGGCAACGAAGCGCAACUAAAAUUGUCUCAUGAACUGUUUAUUCAGUUAGGAAAGCACGCAAGAAAUUUACGGGUCAGUUUAGCUAGUGUUUGCCAUUUGGCUUGGGCACAAGUACUUGCUCGAGCUAGUGGACGCGAAGCAGUAGUCUUUGGCACCGUUCUCCUAGGACGUUUACAGGCUGGAGAGGGAAAUGACAGUGCCAUGGGACCGAUGAUUAAUACGCUGCCAAUACGAAUUGAUAUUGAUGAUACGAGUGUCAAAACCGCUGUGCGCCAUACUCAUACUCGGUUGAGUGCAUUGUUAGCACAUGAACACGCGCCACUCGUGUUAGCACAACGAUGCAGUGGAGUUCCAGCUGGAAUGCCAUUGUUUAAUGCAUUGCUAAACUAUCGAAAUAGUCAGAAAAUUGAUCGGGCCAUUACGUCACUUGCUGGAGUCGGUUUCUUAGGCAGUGAAGUGAGAACUAACUACCCAGUAACCAUAUCGUUAGAUGACAACAAUUCUACUUUGAGCUUAUCGGUCCAGGUGGUUUCACUGAUGUCAGCAGUUCGAAUCAGUACAUAUAUGCAACAGGCUUUGGUGUCUUUAGUCAAUGCUUUGACCCAUACUCCACAAAAACCUAUUCGAAGCUUAUCUGUGAUGCCACCGGAAGAAGGCACGAUGUUACUGCACACUUGGAAUCAAACCAUGGUUUCCUACUCACCCGACUUCUGUCUUCACCAAUUAUUUGAGGCGCAGGUUGAACGCACUGAGCAUGCAAUUGCCGUUGAAUGUAAAGGAGAGACUCUAAACUAUACGGAACUCAAUAUCCAAGCCAACCGGUUGGCACAUUACCUGAUCGAAUGGGGAGUCAAACCAGAUGAUCGCAUCGCAGUUUGCGUCCAACGCAAUUUGGCACUAAUUAUAGCAAUGUUGGGCAUUCUGAAAGCCGGUGGCGCCUAUGUACCACUCGAUCCAGCUUAUCCCAGUCAACGGCUAACCAAUAUUCUACACGAUGCCAAUCCCAUUCUUCUAUUGACCGACGCUACUGGCCAGGAAGCACUCGGAUACCAUCAAAUACCAGUGCUUGAAUUGCACAAACCGUUACCCGUCGAUUUGCCAAACGAUAAUCCUGACGUAAUCAAACUUAGACUCACUCCAAACCAUCUAGCCUAUGUUAUUUACACCUCUGGCUCAACUGGAAAACCAAAAGGAGUGAUGGUUGAACAUAGAAAUGUAACCAACUGCCUUCAUUGGAUCAACGAGGCUUUCACAGCUGAAGACUUCAAGCACACUUCAUUUUCGACCUCCGUUAAUUUCGAUAUGUCUCUUUACGAAUGUUUCGCACCACUUUCGAUGGGAGCCACAUUACACGUCAUACCAAAUGCGCUCGCUCUUUCACCAUCGUCGAACAUCUCGAUGCUCAGUACGGUACCUUCGGCCGUGACAAUUAUACUUAAUGCGGACUCUCUGCCAUUGUCGCUCUGUGCACUGCAUUUCAUUGGAGAGCCGCUAAAAGCCAAUCUAAUCAAACGCAUUUUCACGCAUACUCAAGUCACUGAACUGUGUAAUCUAUACGGCCAAACAGAAACGUCGUUUUUCUCAACAUUGCACAAAUUUAAACGAGGUGAUGAAGUAAUCGAAACGAUAGGCCGGCCGAUUGCAAACACACAGAUAUACUUGCUUGAUUCAUAUGGUGAGCCAGUACCACUGGGAGCCGAGGGAGAAAUGUAUAUUGGCGGUGCUGCCGUAGCUCGUGGCUACCUAAACCAGCCUGAACUUACUGCGGAACGUUUUCUAUCCAACCCGUUCAGUGAUGAUCCAGCAGCACGCAUGUAUCGUACUGGUGAUCGAGCACGAUAUUUGCCUGAUGGCAAUCUAGCUUAUCUGGGACGCACAGAUCAACAAGUAAAAAUACGCGGUUUCCGAAUUGAGCCUGGCGAAAUUGAAGCCCGCAUAGUCGAAUAUCCACAGGUGCGCGAAGCUAUUGUACAAUCCUAUGGCAGUGGAACAGACGCCCGUUUGGUUGCUUAUAUUGUGGCUGACGAUGACACAUCUGUGGUCCAAAAUUUACGUUCUUAUCUAUCAACUUUACUGCCUGAUUACAUGGUACCAGUGGCUUAUGUGUGUUUACCAUCCUUACCGCUCACACCCAAUGGCAAAUUAAACCGACGAGCAUUACCAACUCCGGACGAUGAGGCAUUUUCUCGUCAACAGUAUGAAGAUCCACAGGGUGAAAUGGAAGAAAAAUUGGCUGGCAUUUGGCGUGAACUGCUGAGUAUUGAUCUUGUCAGCCGACAUGAUAAUUUCUUCGAAUUGGGUGGCCAUUCUCUACUUGUUAUGCAGUUUGUAAACAAAGCUAAACUCUGUAAUAUCCAUAUUGAUGCUCGUGGUGUAUUUUCGUUUCCGAUACUCAAAGAUUUAUCUCAACAAAUAACCCAUCGUUCAAAUAGAUUGUAUUGUGAUGAUGCUAUUCCUGUUCGUCAAUAUGGAAAUGGUGCACCUUUAUUUCUGUUGCCAGAUGGUUGGGGAGAUAUUUCUUAUGCUUUUGAAUUAUCCCAUGACAUAGAUAAAAAUAUACCCGUUUAUGUAUUGCCGUGGCCAUCGCCAGAGGAUAAACAGCCGUCAUCUAUUGAGGAAAUGGCUAUAACGAUGAUUCGUCUAAUGAAAAAAAUUCAGACAAAUGGUCCUUAUGCAAUUGCUGGCUACUCCGGUGGCGGUAUUUUAGCCUAUGAAAUGACUAAACAACUUGUAAACGGCGGCGAUCCUGUUUCGUUCCUAGGCUUAAUUGAUACGUAUCCAUCCAGCGAUAGACUAACCGAAACGGUGACAUUUUUAACAUCAUUGCUGCUUAAAUUCCCAGUUUUCAAAAUGAUGAAUGAUACGAAAUGGUGGGUUCGUGUCAGUGAAUUAACCCUAGAUGAAGCAGUUGAAGAGAUAAAUAACAUGACAAUAGAUUUAAAGAAUGCAGAUAUCGAAUGGGAAGCAUUACUAUCGAAACAACGUCACAAUUACCACAAUAUAUGUGCUUUGGUUAAAACUGGUCCAAUUAGCGUUAGGGUACAUUUAUUUAAGGCAGUAGAUUACACUUAUUCUCUGCAUGCUGGUACUGAGUACUUGAAUAAUAGUUACAAGAAAAAUAUGGAUAGUACGAAGAAAUUAUAUAACUUUCCGAAAUUGGGAUGGGAAAAUUACAGUCCUCCAAUAGAUUUUCAAGUUAUUUCGGUAGACGGUGACCAUCAUUCAAUGAUAUCAGAUCCGAAAAAUCGAUUUUUACUCGGACAACAAAUGACAAAAUGUAUACAGUCAAGGACAAAAACACUUGAACAUACUGUUAGUGCUGAUGAUGGACGCCCGACAAAGCGUUCGAAAUGCAUAUUCAUUUAAGUACAACUUUUGUACAGCAAUAGCAAAAACAAUAAGGCAUUUUCAUUUAACGAAAUGUUGGUUUUUUCUUCUUCCAAAUUAUAAAUGUUUUUGCGUGGUCAUUCGUGAUAAAAAUAGUUGAUGGAACAUGAACAUAAUUAAAUAUGAUAAUUGUUUAGCUCAAGUGAAUGUUUUAUUCCCAAACAUAUAAUAAAGAAUACAUCAAUCUGUGUAUACAAACAGAAAACAUAACUUCUACAUGUCAUCAUAAACCGGGAUAAAUCAUAUAAUUUAAUGGUGCUGACAUCUAUUUUUGCGAUGAAUUCUAUCGCAUUUUUAUAUUUCAAUAACAUUAAAUGUAUUGUUUAUCAUGAUUUGCGAUGACGUUUAACGAUUUGACAUUGGUUUGUUUUCUGUGUGUAUGAUUUUUAUUUGUAUACCCAACAUAUCAAAUCAUAGAGAAAACAUUUUUUUUUGCAAAAUAAUCGUUGACGUUUUAGCGAAUUAUUACAUUAAUUUUGCAAAAUCAUGCAUUAUUUGCAAAAAUCUUUAUCGUAUUUUCAAAAUACUUUUUAAAUUAAUGGGACGUCGGCUGCAUUUUUAAAAAUGUUCUAAGAAUUUAAAUCUAGGAAUAAGACCCGAAACUAGAAAUAAGUAUUCUUUAGAUUACUAUGCUUAUUAAAAAUAUUAUGUAUAGGUAAAAAUUCAUUCCGUUUAAAGUCAGAGAUAGACCGCUUAGAAAGUUUAAGUUUAAAAACCAAUCAUUUCGAGAGAGAAGAGCACAAGUCUAGUAGAAGAGUCUCAAUCAAUAUAAUAGCAAGAUUGCUCCACACAUCAGAAUUGGAAUGAUGAUUUCGAAAUUAACCUUUUCGAAUUUAAGAGUAUCGACGUUAUAAAUAUCAAACAGUUCAGUCAACCCAUGUUAAUUGCAUGAGUGCGCAUAUACAAAGCGCAAUAUGUUUAACAUUUAACGCAUUAAUCUUAUUAUUAUUAUGUUGAAUCAUACUUUGUUCAUCCAAGGACACUUAACGAAUGCCAAAUACCGUUCGUAUAACACCAAACGCACUCACUGUUGGCGAGGUGUGACAUCAGUACUGGAUUCCACAUGAACAUUAUAGUUUGAUUCUUCAUAGUGUCCAAAAUACAUCAGCAGGUGGUAAGUGCACAAUAUUAAAAUCACUUUCGAACAAACGUUAUAAUUCUUCGACCCUUUUUAGGCGAAAAACGAGAUUUGGAACUCUACUUUAAUGAAAAAUAUGAAUCAUUCAUAAAAAAAAGUGUCUUAUUUUCUGCCAUCUAUAAAAACUUAUGGUUUAAUAAUGAACCAAUUGGUAUUGGCUAUCCAAACGAAAGAACAUUUAAACCGAUAUAACCAAAUUGUUUGCUGUCAAACUUUGUCUCGCUCACGCCAACUGUCGCACUGACUCGUUCGUGUACGAAUUGCUGUUAGCGUAAAAGAGACUUUGUUCGCAGUGGACUCAGUUUGGGUGUUCUUUGAAACGAACGGUGGCAAUCAGGAUCAAACACGUCGUAAAAUCAGAACAGACAACAACAAAUGACGAAACAAAACAUAAAUACAUCGAAGACCACAUUGAAAAACCAAAGCUAAGUUACGUCAUUUUCAAAUAUGAAGAUGGAGAUUGUAGAGGACGAUGAACUUUUAAACUAAGCUGCAGCGAAAUAUCACACAUAUUUGAUUUAAUGUUGACACUGAUGAAUGCUUUUUUAUAUUUUAUUGUUAGUUUUUAGUUUUUGAAAUCUUCGAAUAAAUGAAAAAAAAACCAAUA